GUAGGCUCAAGUAUGGCAGAAAGAGUAGACGUGUUGUCAAAAUUACUUCCGAAAGUUUCUUCAAGAAGCGAUUUGGAUUUGGAAAAUGAACUGAGAAAUGUAAAAGAGCUUGGUGGACGGUCUUUGCUAUUUCUUUUAUCAAAAGCAAUUGAUUUUUACUUUAUCAAUGACUUCAACUCAGCCAUAUUUCAUUCGCAAAGUGUGUUGGAUUGUUGUUGGGAAAAACUUAACACAGGCCAUUGGAAGGAUGUAGACAUUGUAUGGAGAGAAGUGUACUCAUAUGCGAGCUUAUUCAAGGCUGUUUCAUUAUACGAAGCUGGUGAAAAACAAAAAGCUUUAGAAGCUUGUGAUAUGGGGCUGUUGUUGGGUGCUCCAGUUGAGAAUAAUAUAUUGUGUAGACUGGCUACUAGCAUUCAAGAUGACAUGAAAAGACCUAUUUGUAAAACCAAGUUGCCAUUAAAAAGAGUAGGAAAUGAAAACAUUCAAGCUUCAAAGAGGCUUAAGAUUACUCAUAUCCCUACAAUUGAYCCAAAGCUUGAAAUAAAGYAUUGUUACUGUCCCUCAUUACAACAUUUCCAAAAUACGUACAUGACAUUAGAAAAGCCAGUCAUUAUUGAUGGCAUGAUUGACCACUGGCCUGGCUUUACUUGUCGACAAUGGAGUAUGCAGUAUUUAAAGGAUAUUGCUGGUGGACGGAYAGUGCCUGUUGAAUUAGGCUUGCGAUAUACUGAUGAUUCGUGGACACAAAAGUUAAUGACUAUUAGUGAUUUUAUUGACAACUAUAUUGAGCCAAGUGAACAAGAAAAUGACAUUGAGGUUGCAUAUCUGGCACAACAUCAAUUAUUUGAGCAGAUUCCUGAACUACGUAAAGAUAUUAUUAUCCCUGACUACUGUUGCCUUGGAGAUAGUGAUGUCAAGAUUAAUGCAUGGUUUGGUCCUAAAGGGACCAUAUCUCCCCUACACUAUGACCCAUACCAUAAUCUACUGACACAAGUUGUAGGGCAGAAGUACAUCAGACUGUACAGUAAAGAACAGACAGAAAAUGUCUAUCCACAUCAGUCCAAACUUUUACACAAUACAAGUCAAUGUUAUGCUGAUYGGUCAGCAGGCUCAAAAUGUUGUUGGUGCAUUUACAAGAAGGAGGACAUUAUUAAAGUUGAUGUUGAAGCACCAGACUUGGUUGAAUUUCCAAAGUUAAGAACUGCUGAAUAUCAAGAAUGUAUCUUGAAGGAGGGUGAAGCCCUAUACAUCCCCCCACAGUGUUGGCAUUAUAUCAGGUCUUUAUCAGUCAGCUUCUCAGUUAGUUUUUGGUGGUGAACAUUACCAAUCCUAUGUAAUGAGGGUUAGUUGCCAGCAGAGUUGAUAAUAUUUUUUCAAAUAAAAUUUAUUCUUUAGUGUAA